UUUAAACGAAAAUCAAUUUCAUUAUUUUCUAAAAAUUAGACUGUGUAUUUCUUUCUUAAGUAUUUACUAUGUAUUUGCAAAGUAUUAUUUUGGUUUACCCACUAUACUUUUUGGUUGGAACAGAGAGUGUUGGACUCAACUCAGAUCAUCUUUUUUUUUGUGAUUUAUUAUUUAAAAAAUCAAAUUUCGAACAGAGUGAUUUAAAUGAAUAUUUGAAAGAAACAUUUAAAAUUGAGAAUAAACUAAAUCUUGAAAUAAACGGACCUGUUUGCAUAUAUUAUAAAGAAAUUUUAGAUUUUUUGGCAGGGAUAAAUAAAGAUGGUGACAAAGAUGUAAUGAAAUUUACUAAAUUUGAGGUUUCAAUGCUCACUAACAAAUUAACUGAAGUUGAUAAAAAUAUGGACGGUUUGUUUAAUAUUGAUGAAGUGAGAAAUUUUACUAAUGAUUUAAUAUUGAGGGGUGAUCAAACAAUUGCAGAAAAAAUUUGCAAAGAUAUGGAAUUAAAGUUCCAUGUUAUAAGAGAAAUGACGGCUGCAAAGAUUUUGUAUAACGCUUUAAUGAGAAUGCCUAAUAUUGAAUUUGAUGAAAAUAAUUUGAUUAAAUUUAAGAAUGAACAAAUAUUUCUUAAAGAAAAAUAAUUUUGCUGAUUCAAUGAAAAUGAUUCAUAAUGUGAUAUUGAUUUAUUUAUUUUUUAUUCAAUUUUAAAACUAUUAUAUAGAUUAAAUUCAUUUAAAUAAGAAUAAUAAAUUUUAGCUUUUAUACUUAUUAUAUAUUUUAUCUUAGAUAUAUAGAAUAAUAUACAUAAUUACCUAAACAUCAUGGAA